GAAAUCUUUCGAAAAUCCACAGCGAAAAAUAAGCCGGCUGUUCAAGUGUCAUCCACUUCUCUUGAUAUAAAAGGUUUAUUUCACAAUAUUCGCUCAUUAUUCCAAGUGUUAUUGUACCUGUUGUAAAUCUCAGUGAUUAAAGUGCAUAGAUAAGAAUCCGAGGUAAAAAUGGUAGUGCGUCCCUACGACGAGGAGCUCAAGUACAUUGAGAAAAUCUCCCCAACAUGCUACCGGAUCAAGAAGGGAUUUCAGCCCAAUAUGAAUGUCGAGGGAUGCUUCUAUGUCAACAAUGCCCUGGAGAAGCUAAUGUUUGAGGAAUUGCGAAAUGCUUGUCGUCCUGGGCAGACUGGUGGCUUCUUGCCGGGCGUCAAACAAAUUGCCAAUGUUGCAGCUCUUCCGGGAAUUGUUGGGCGCUCCAUUGGACUUCCGGAUAUUCAUUCUGGCUAUGGCUUUGCCAUUGGGAAUAUGGCAGCUUUUGAUAUGGACGAUCCCAAUGCAAUUGUGUCUCCUGGUGGAGUGGGAUUUGACAUAAAUUGCGGAGUUCGUCUGCUGAGAACGAAUCUUUUUGAGAAGGAUGUGAAGCCAGUGCAAGAGAGAUUGGCUCAGAGUCUCUUUGAUCAUAUUCCUGUGGGUGUUGGCUCAAAGGGGAUCAUUCCGAUGAAUGCCAGGGACUUGGAAGAGGCUCUGGAGAUGGGAAUGGAUUGGUCACUGAGGGAAGGGUAUGUUUGGGCUGAAGACAAGGAACACUGUGAGGAAUAUGGUCGAAUGCUCAAUGCUGAUCCCUCGAAGGUCAGUAUGAGGGCCAAGAAGCGAGGUCUUCCACAGCUGGGAACACUCGGAGCUGGGAAUCACUACUGCGAGAUUCAGGUUGUGGAUGAGAUCUUUGAUGCUUCGGCAGCCAGUAAAAUGGGCGUGGAAGAAACUGGUCAAGUAUGCGUGAUGAUUCACUCAGGAAGUCGAGGUUUUGGCCAUCAAGUGGCAACUGAUGCCCUCGUGGAGAUGGAAAAGGCUAUGAAACGGGACAAGAUUGAGACGAAUGACCGGCAGCUGGCCUGUGCUCGGAUCAACAGCCCAGAAGGUCAGAACUACCUCAAAGCCAUGGCUGCUGCGGCAAAUUUUGCCUGGGUCAAUCGCAGUUCCAUGACUUUCCUCACUCGUCAGGCCUUUGCCAAACAAUUCAAUACAACUCCCGAUGAUCUGGACAUGCACGUCAUCUACGAUGUCUCUCACAAUAUCGCCAAGAUGGAGGAGCACAUCGUGGAUGGGAAGCAGAAGCGUUUGCUGGUGCACAGAAAAGGCUCUACCAGGGCUUUUCCACCCCAUCAUCCCUUAAUUCCCGUUGACUACCAGCUCACUGGACAACCUGUUCUCAUUGGCGGCACAAUGGGCACUUGCAGCUACGUCCUGACCGGCACGGAGCAAGGAAUGCAGGAAACUUUCGGAUCUACUUGUCACGGAGCAGGGCGAGCUCUAUCGCGUGCCAAAUCAAGAAGGAAUCUCGACUACGUCGAUGUCCUCAAUAAACUCAAUGAAAUGGGAAUUUCCAUCCGUGUGGCCUCUCCAAAGUUAGUCAUGGAAGAGGCUCCGGAGUCCUACAAGAAUGUCACGGAUGUCGUUAACACUUGCCAUGCUGCUGGGAUCAGCAAAAAGUGCUUCAAACUUCGUCCAAUCGCCGUGAUCAAGGGUUGAUCUCUCAUCAGUGAAUAAUUUAUUUGUAAAAUAUUGCUUUUUUAUUCAGCAUUUGCUGCAAAUAAAAAUAUUUUUACUGCAAA